AUGGUUCGAAUUGCACCUUUCGCUGUUGAACAAUGGAUGGACGAGUAUGAGACAACUCCUGAGGCCCUGAACGUUGCUGAGACGUGUGCUGCGUCUGUAUCGAUUGACGACUUGGUCGGCAUGUGCAAAGACCCAAAGCACAAGGUCCCAUUGAUACAAGCCUCAAACUUACAUACGGCCCUAUCCCCGGUUCCAACGCAUUAA